AUGGGUUAUCUUGUCAGUAGUUUAGGAUCACAACAUGUAACAGUAAAAGAAUCAGAACUACAAGAUGGGAAAAUAUACGAACCCAUUUCUCUAUUGAAGAUAUCAAAGCUAGGUGCCAAACCAAAUCCAGCAACUACUCCACUUCCUGGUUUAAGUGCAGCUCAGCAAUUGUAUCUAUUUGAUGAAAUAUGA